AUGCAGUUUCAAAGCGUUUACACAAAUGACAUCUUCAAGUUGUGUCAGAACGAAUUCAAAGGGUUAAUGUUUUGUGACACGUCUAUAAUUGAAUACAAUGGCACAACUUAUGUAUUUGGAGUUUCUGAGAGCAUUCUUGGAAUUAAUGGACAACAUUUGCGUGAUUUUUCCUACAAAGUACAGUACAACUCAGUGUUGGUUACUUUGAAAUGUCAAUGUCAAAUGUUUGAGUUUAGAGGACUGCUUUGUAGGCAUAUAUUGGCUGUUUUGAAUAGAAUGAAAGUGAACCAGGUGCCAGCAUAUUAUAUAUUGGACCGUUGGUGUAAAGACUUGAAGAGAGGUUACCAAAUAUUCACCAACAUCUAUGAUUCGGAUGUGUGUGAAAUUGAAAGAAAUCGGUACAACUAUCUAACUCCCAUCAUGUUAGAGGUUCAACAACUUGCAUCCAAAUCCCAAGUUAAUUGUUCUGCUUUAGAUGAAGUGAUGAAAGAUAUGAAAGAAAAGUUCAAAAUAUCUCCAAAUUGUACGACGGAUUCUGAACCAACCAAAAAAGUUAUCCACUCGCCCGUCAAGGUUAGAGCUCGAGGGCGACCACCCACAAAACGGAAAUAG